AUGCCUUUUAUUGCAACUCUGGCCUGCUUAUCUUCUAUUUUUUCAUCCAUUGUCGUAUAUAGUUCAGGCGUCGCGUUAAGCAACGCCAAAAGUUACAGUCAAGGUAUUCCCAUCGCCAUUGCCUCGAGCACAUUUUUAAUUCAGCGAGUUCUGUUUGUAGCAAUUAUCGAGCAUGUUCCAUAUUUUCAAUGCGAAUUUCUCAAUGGGCUCUCGUACACCUGUUUGUGUUUGAUGCGUCUAUGUAUUCUUCAUGGCAUGUAUGGACGAACAUUUUCAGCACGAAAAUUAUACAUGGCAAUUCGAAUAUCUACAGGUUUAGCUAUCGUGGUUGGCAUUUCAUCACUAGGACUUCUUAUCAACGACUGGGUUUAUGCUCGUUACACAGAUGAGUCUUGCACGCAUAUAGUGAGUUUCAUCGAUGCAACAGUAGGAAACGUAUUUUUUGUGCUGGCACUCACGGUUCUUAGUGUUGUGCUCAUUGUUCCUAUCAACUCAACGGCCAUACGCCUGGGAUCGACAGAAUCGCUCUCUCUAAACCCAUCACAAGUUCAAGCCAAACUCUUGCAGACCUUUCUCAAAUAUGUCCCUAUAGGGCUCUGCGCGACGCUGAUUGCUCUCGCACUAUUAUCGAUUUUCAAAGACGACAUGUUUGCAUUUUUGCUAUCGCUAAUAUUUUCAGAUUUCUGUCAGAUUUUGCUGCUGCUGUUUCCGUCUGUUGUACUGGCCAGUGAUAACAGUCUAACACCGACUGGAACGGGUGAUCAAGUGAUAGGAGCUGAUCCGAAUUUAUCACCAAUACGCAACACAUUAUAG